AUUCAGCUGAGCAGUGUUUGGCAGUGACAAAUUUCAAAAUCUCCAUCUCCAUUACUCUCAAGCCAAAAGCCACAGGCCACAAGCCACAAUUUUCACAUGCAUAUUUUUUGUUGAGCCCUGAUCUCCUACUUCGCCCUAACCCACCCAAUGCUGCACCUCUCUCCCUGAUCAACCCCUCUAUACCUUCAAUGUCCGGACCCCCUCGACUCCGGCCCCUCAGUGUUACUGCCGACUCCGAGCUUCGGCCGGUUCUGGUUCCCGCCGUCAACAAUGUCCGCCCAAUCGAUUCUCGAAAACCCUCCGUCAAACCUCACAGUAAAGCAGAGAAAGCGCCUCAUGUUAAAGCCAACGAUGAGAAGGUGAAACUGCCAAUAUCCCUUGUUGAUUCCUCUCCUCCUUCCCCUCCAGUAUUGGAUCAUCGACCUCUGCUACGGUCCGAUUUGCCUCUAAAUUUGUCGUGCUCGUCGUCAGAAUCGUCGAGCAGUCGAGCGUCGUCUCGUCGGAGUAGCACUCCGAUUCGGAGGAAGCAUUUUAGUCCGAAGGCGGACAAGGUUGAGAAGACCGGUGGUCAUCCAUCGGUAGCAUCGGAUAAUUGUGCUUUGCAGGCGAAGAGGAGGUGUGCUUGGGUAACGCCCAACACUGAUCCAUGUUAUGCUGCUUUUCAUGAUGAAGAAUGGGGAGUUCCAGUCCAUGAUGACAAGAGACAUUUUGAGCUGCUCGUCCUAUCAGGUGCUUUGGCUGAACUUACAUGGCCUGCCAUCCUCCAAAAAAGGCAUAUAUUUAGGGAAGUUUUUCUGGAGUUUGAUCCAAUUGCUGUCUCAAAAUUAAAUGAGAAGAAAAUAGUGACACCAGGGAGUCCUGCUACUUCUCUAGUAUCGGAUCUGAAGCUGCGAUCUGUCAUUGAAAAUGCACGUCAAAUCUGCAAGAUAAUAGGGGAGUUUGGUUCCUUUGACCAGUACAUAUGGGGCUUUGUAAACCAUAAGCCUAUGGUUGGUAGGUUUCGCUAUCCCCGCCAAGUUCCAGUCAAGACAGCAAAAGCAGAUGUGAUAAGCAAAGACCUGGUGAGAAGAGGCUUCAGGAGUGUCGGACCGACAGUCAUCUACGCGUUCAUGCAGGUUGCUGGAAUAACAAAUGACCAUCUCACCAGUUGCUUCAGAUUCCAAGAGUGUGUAGAUGCAUGGGAAAACAGGGAUGGCCUCAACAUUAGGGUCCAAGGGAAACAACCUGAGAACAUAAAUGACCUGGGACUAGCAAGAGCAAUGGGUGACUUGAAUUUAUCGUCAAAAUAGUUAUUGUUUGAAUGGUUUCCAGCUUCCAGGUAUCCAGUUUGGUGAUGGUGGGGGAAAGUAGUAUGUAUAAAAUGUUUAUGAAUUAUUUUGUUGUGUGGAUCACAAUAUAGAAUUUGGCAUGCAGGAAGAUGAAGAAGGUGCUUGAUAAAGUUUCUGAGAUUGAUGUUGGUCACCUGUGUACAGUGAAAAUGUGAAUGGGCAAAUCUUUAUUUAGCUACCACAUGAGUAGAAUGGUGUUGUUUUUGUUA